AUGACCGCAGUCUCGAGAUACGCCGACUUUCCGCCAUCCACACCCAUCCUCCGACGGUCAAUGAGGCAUGGCGGUAUGGUCCCAGACCAGACUCCCACCGACAAUGCCAAUGCCACAAUCGGCGACAGUCCGCUUCCGGCUCCUCCCGUCAGUCACUUUUUCGGGGAUGCCGAGUCAGAAACGGAUGUGCCGCCACCGGUAGUCAGCACAACAUCUCACGCUCACACUUCGGCCGCACCUCGAGUCAGGUCAUAUCGCACUUCAGCCGAAGCGCAACGAGAGACAAAAUCGGACCCAUACGAUGACUCGCCAGGUACAGGGCGUAGGGCUGUUCCUGUCGCGUCACAGCGAGACGAGCUGCAACACCUCCGAGCAUCAAGCAUCUUCCGUGAGGCUCAAUCACACGAGCCGCUCAGCAAAUCUCCACCCUUUGCAGCAGGGUCAGCAAUGAAACAUGACGACUUGCGGUCCAGGAGUUCGCCACCGCUUCGUUCCGCGAGAACGGUUCCCCAAAGCACCGCUUCACCUCUCUUUGACGGGGAUCUGCGAAGCAACGCAGCUAUGCCCACAUAUCGUCGACGCAGCAACGAGAAGCCAGAGGAGGAAGAGGAGAAAAAGGUCAGAUAUGCUCCCAUCGAGGAGCGUGCUUCCGUCAAGCGAGACUCUCCCGACGAUGUCGUGCCCCGAGCUGCUGCCUCUUCCAGCGUCCAGCCAUCCGCUGGCUACCGCACACCGGCUAUGGCAGGUCGUGCCCUUCGGUCGAGCGCUACUGCAAAUGCUGCUCCAACCACCGCACAACGCAGCGCAGGGAGAAGUCUCCGCACGCUCACCCGAUCUUCCAAUCGUCACCCACCGGCAAGGAGGGUAGUCAGGCGAUAUUCGGACGAUGAGGAUGACGAUCUGGAGGGAGAGGGAGCCGUGGAUGGAAACGGAUCCAACAAGAGCGGAGAGGCGCUUCACAGCGCCAGUCCAGACAACGGCCAGGAGCGACCGUCCCAACACAAUCAGGACGGCAGCUCCAACUCUGGGUCCGGUUCCGGCUACGGAUCGGGUGCGGGGGCGAAUGGCUCGGCAGAAGCCAUCGAGAGACCUGAUCGACGAUUCUUGCCCUACGGCUACGAUGCAGAGAAGGAAAAGAUCAGGGCUGAGAUGAUGGAGAGGGCGUCUCUCGUCCGCUCGCCCGGGCCGGAACCGAAACCGUCUGGCAACGAGGCACACGGCGAGGAUCAGGACUACGACAUGCAGGAACCGCCGCCGCCUCGCAAGAAUGAGGCUCAUCCGCUCGCACGCAGACCGGUGAUCGAGCAAGCGAAUGGAUCGAUCCACCCGACCAAAGGUCAAGCCGAGGCCAUCCACAACUUCCUCGCUUCUAACAUUGCUGCUCCUGUCGAUCCCAUGGCGCAUCGUCGUAUGGUCGCGCCAUCUUCAAACGACCUUCGAGUUGGUCAGCGAGCCGCAUCGAGCUAUGACGGCCCACUCAAGUCAUCCAUGGCCUUGUCGUCCACCUCCGCAGCAUCAGCACCAACCACACAGCAGGAUGACGACGAGCCAGCAGACGAGGAGGAGGGUCGGCUGUACUCCGAAAUUCGCCCCGAAGCCAUUUGGGCCGAAACAACACGCCAGAUGCAGAAGCCGCUCAGCCAACACGACCGAUUCGCUAAAGAGAUCUCGGGCUCCACGCGCUGCGUCAAGCUGCCCGGCUUCAAGUUCCGCAGAAAGCAGCUGACCAAAGGUGGAUUCUCCACGGUCCACGUCCUGCGGGGUCCUGCGAGCGAGAAAGUGCUCAACCCGGACACGCAAGCGAUCGUCGAGAUGGCGGUUCCCGAGGAGCAGCAGGCCUUCUUUGCGCUCAAGCAAGUCGAUCUCAGGCAGAUCGAGAGCGAGCAAGAUAAGCUGGAUCUGAUCGCCGAAGCCAACCUCUUGCGCACGCUGUCCGAUCUCGAUGGCAGCGACAUGUAUCUCUUGCGCUACUUCGGCCAUCACGUCAAUGUCGGUAAGGACGGCAACCCGGACAAGCUGCGCAUCCUCAUCGAGCUGGGUGAAGGCGACUUUGGCACACUCCUCGCGCAACAGGCUCCCCUGCCACGCGAAGCGGUCGCCCACUACUUCCGCGAGAUGCUCGAGGCGGUGCACUUCAUCCACGAAGCCAACCUCGUGCACGCCGAUCUGAAGCCGGCCAACUUCCUCAUGGUCGACAACCGCAUCAAGCUUAUUGACUUUGGCAUUUCGAAAAAGAUCCCCAAGGGCACGGUGCACAUUUCUCGCGAUAACAUCAUUGGAACGCCCAACUAUAUGGCGCCGGAAGCGAUCAAGAUUGCGCGCGCCAAGGGGAGGAGGGUGUACAAAGCGGGUAAGCCCAGUGACGUUUGGUCGCUAGGGUGCAUUUUGUAUCAGAUGAUCUGGGGCAGGCCGCCGUUCGACCGCGUGCCGGCCAACAGGAAGUUGGAGGCGAUCGUCGAUCCAGAUCACGAGAUCGUGUGGAACCGAUUCAGGGAUCCAAGGUACCCGGAAAGGAUGGAGGUGGACGACGAGCUGCUGGACUGCGUUCAAUCGGCAUUGCGGUAUGGGUCGGAGGAGAGGGCGACGAUUCCGCAGCUCUUGCGGCAUCCGUUCCUGAGGAAGUACGGGGGUGAGGCGGAGGGGAUGGAGGAGGAGCAGGGCGAGGUGGUGGACCUCAACGAGGAAGUCACCGUCUCGAGAAGGACGCUGAGGAACCUCGUUGCGAGGAUCCGGUCGCUGGCACUGCAGCAGGAGCUGACCGAGGAGAACGUCGUCGAGAGAGCCGAUCUGCUCUUCUCGAAUCUUCAACAGGCCCAGCAGCAACAACUUCAGCCGCAGCAAUGA